ACUUAUAAAUUGCCUUUUUAUUUGCAAUAUAGCAUGUGUGAAAUGGGCCGUAGAUGAUGGCUACAUGGCUUGAGAGUAGAGCUCUUCAUUUUGAUGUGUUUUAUAAACAGAUGGCAAUAAAUGAUCUGAUCCUGUGUCCUUUGACUUUAGUGGGAGUUUUCCAACAAGCGUAUUUAUGCAAGAGCAGCCCGUCUGCCAGCACCGCGUCAGCGGGCAACAUGCCUUUGCAUUCAGCACUGUUGCAUGUCCCCGUGCCAAGAACGAAUUUUGCCGAUUCAGAUUUGCUCAGUUUGUCAACACACAGCUCCCAUUGAACUUUGUGGGACAAGAAUCAGUCUUGGCAUGGGGCCGCAGGCAGCCCAGGGAGCACUGCCCAUUGCCAGCACCAGCGAGAGGAGCAGCACUCAGCCUCGGCUCCACAGUUUGCAAGGGUCUCAUCUCCUGUAGCAUGUGUUUGCUGUUGUUUAACUGGUGGGAAGAGUCGAUGAUAAAAAGAGAUUUCCUAGGUUCUGUGACUGGCUGCCGUGUAUUCUUUUCUUUGUGCAAUCAUAUCUACCUGCACAGACAGUCAAGCAAUCAACAGCAAAGAUGCUGCAUCUUUCAGGGACAAAGAAAUACUGCUUAUAGCAUAGUUUGGCCAGCUACAGUUUCUCCAGCUCACCCAGUUCCUAAGCACAUAAAGAAGCCAGACUAUGUGACGACAGGCAUUGUACCAGACUGGGGAGACGACAUAGAAAUUAAAAAUGAAGAUCAGAUUCAAGGGCUUCGUCAAGCUUGUCAAUUGGCCCGCCAUGUCCUGCUUCUGGCUGGAAAGGGCUUGAAGGUUGGCAUGACAACUGAAGAAAUAGAUUCCAUUGUUCAUCAUGAAAUAAUCAGUCAGAAUGCCUAUCCGUCACCUCUGGGCUACGGAGGGUUUCCAAAAUCUGUUUGUACUUCUGUAAACAACGUGGUAUGUCAUGGUAUUCCUGACAGUCGACCUCUUCAGGAUGGAGAUAUUAUCAACAUUGAUGUCACGGUGUAUUACAAUGGCUACCAUGGUGACACUUCUGAAACCUUUUUGGUGGGCAAUGUGGAUAAAUCUGGUGAAAAGUUAGUGGAGGUUGCCAGAAAAUGUAGAGAUGAAGCAAUUGCAGCUUGCAGACCAGGGGCUCCCUUCUCUGUAAUUGGAAACACAAUCAGGUUUUCUGUGUGUCACUUCAGGUUCAUUGACCACAUUGCAUUUUAUGUAAAGAAUACCCAAGCUCUCUAUGUAGACGUUAUUAAGUGGGAAGGAGGAGGGGCACGGACGUCUGUCAGCACCGAUGUCAAAGCCCUGUGAGCUCCAAGAUCCCUUAUUUUGAUCACAGACAGCAACCACUGAAGUAUUGGUGCCAACAGAGUUGUUUUCAAGCUGUUUGGCAAGAAAGUGGCAGAAUUUGCUGUUGAAAUGCACAAGAACCACUUCUCUCACCAUCUGAGGACAGGAUGCUGUCUUAACACUGCCUUCUGUGUACCUCAGUGCUCUUGCACCCGAUGCUCAGCACGCAGCUGCUGCUGCCACUGCCACCCUCCUCAGCAGCAGCUGAGUGCUGAGAUGAGAGCUUCCCUUGCCCACAGAGAGUGUGUAGCCAUGGUGCCUGGAAGAAUAGCUGCACAGAAAAGAGCUUUCUGUCUUGCUACAGAAGAUGGGUAUUUCUUGGGGGGGGGGGGGGGGGGGAAAUCCUGUAAUAAUACAAAACAACUCAUAAACCAACCGUGCUUUUUCAGUGGUCAGGAGUGCCAUGUAAGGACAUUGGCAAAGCUGAGUAGUCAGUGGGAUUGUUUGUCCUCUUGCAAAAAGGCUUGCAGAAGAAGGUGAAAGAAAAGCUUAUCACAUGUUGCAUGGAUGGCUUCUCCCAUCUCUCUUCAGAGAAUUGCUUCACCCAGAUGGGACUCAUUAUCUGCAUUGCUCUGGGCUUGGUCACUGGAGACCAUCAGUUUCAUUUUGCGUAUGUUUCUGAGUAAUCUGGCUUUCGGACUCCAUUCCCCGUGCUUCUUCCUUGGCCUUCAGUAUUGUCAUAGCCAGCAGGCCAAGUCUCUGACCCAGAUGUGGGCAAUGUGUUAGGCAGGGGAGAAAGUUUUCCAUCUCUAAGUAGGACUUUUUGCUGCAUAAACCUUCAUUACUUUUUUUCCAUAUAGAUGGUUUUGUGUGCAACCAAACGAAGCCAAACUUCUAGCCUUAUUGGUAAGUGUCUUUGCCAAUACUUAGGAGUUUGGAGGCAGCUAAAAUUGACAUUCCAUUUUCUCUAGAGUUAAUGAAUGAAAUGUGAUGGGUCUUUGUAUCAGGGCAAUGGGUGGGUAAAAGCUAAUAUACAAAUCCUGUUAGAAUGUGCUCUUAAGGUCUGAACACUGCAGCAUUAUUAACCAUUGACCCGACUCCUCUCUCAUUGUCAUUUUGCUGUGGUGGAGCACCAUGUCCCUCAAUUGCAGUGGCAUUAAAUUCUAGGAUGGUGACCCACAGGCACUGGAGCCAGCACUGCAGGGUCUGUGAAGCCUGGUGUGCAAAGGGAUUACUGCAUACAGCAGGUUGAGGCCACUUUGCACCUGAGUGAGAGUCUCCCUGUAGGGUUUAACAUGCUUUAAUUUCUGUGAGAGCUUACAAUUUUGUUUGAGUUUCUUAACUUUUCUGCUUUUCCACCUGUAGUCAAACUCUGAGAAAACAUGUUAUGGUUAAAUAUAGGCAAUCCUGACGUUUUUAAAACUUCAAGUUUGAUUCAAAACAAGUUUGAUUUUAAUGUUGUAGGUGAAAUCUUUCAGGCUUAGUGCCUUCCUGCUUGAUUUUAGAAAUAGUAUGAAGAUCAUACGCAGGGACAGGGAUAACCUCCUUGUCACUUCUAAUCCCCCUCCAGGUCCCCCCAAACCUCUGCACAUUUCUGUUUCGGAUGUGACAGCCUUCCUGGCUGAGCCCUUAAGUCACCCCAUGCACUGCUGGCUGAGUAAGGGCAGAAUCCGAGAGUGAAGCCUGCAGACAUGGGGUAGCCCAGCAGCCAGAGGACACCCCACAUGCGUUUUUUAGGAAUCAGAAUAGGAAUUUGCUUUCCUGACAUGGGCAGGGAUCAGUGCCUGACCAUGUUCCUGCAGGCAGCUCUCAGAGAUGUUCCUCCCUGAGGCAGGCCCUGGAGAACAGGACAGAUCUCCCAGGCAGAACUGAUGAACUAUGACUCUUCCAUUUUGUUACUGAAGGGUUUGGUGAUGGGUUCAUUAUCAGGAAUAGAUUUGCUGGAGUUUCAAUACAUUUUGGUACAGAAUAUUUGCAGUAUUCCAAAAAGGAAGCAGUAGGGCUCUUAACUCUCCCUGUUGGCAGCAAGAACCUCUGUUCCUGCAGAAAACCCAGUGCAGACAGUGCAUACACAACCCAGCAUGGACUGUGCACAGAGGGAGGGCUUGGCAGACGCAGAGGCUGCAGUUUGGUGGUGUGCUGGAGUCUCAGCUGCGUGACUUGGCUGCCAUUUAGCUGUCCCAGGUUAAAAUGAGUUCCCAGUGUGCUUGUGGAAAAGGUUACCCAGCAUUAGAUAGGGACAUGAUAUGCUGCCGCCUUGCAUAGACAGAGCAGGGCUGACACAGAAGCUACCAGCCUCUGCUGGCAGGCAUGUUCACUCUGAAACCUAACAAUGGCUCACCAGUGCUAGUUCCGACGGCUGCUGUCUUUUGGAGCAGGCACAAAGUGGUGACCCAGUGUUGGGGAUGGGAGCUGGGUGAUGCUGCUGCUGAUACCAGUGUGGUGGCAAGACCCGGGGCUGACAGAGGUGGUGGUCGGGCCACACUCCCUCACGGUGUCCUCUUUGCCCUCGCAGCUCCGUGGCGCUGCAGGGCGGCUUCCAGGUCUGCCCGUUCUUCGUCGGCCACGGCAUCGGGUCGUACUUCCACGGGCACCCCGAAGUGUGGC